UAGCAACAUUAUCUUCAUCGUAGUCACCUCAAACGUCAUUCAACAUUGCUUUCAAAUUUCAAUCCAUGGUUUUCUAGUUUCUACGCAUUUCCACUUAACCCAAAAGAUUUUCUAGGGCUUUGCCAUUGAUCUUCUUCUCUACUUGUUCUCUCCACUUGUACUAACCCAAAAGUACAGUUUAUUCUCUCCCUAAUCAAACGCCACUCUUCAAAUUAUUGAGCAUCAAAUUCAAGGCAUCCCAUAAAGAUUGUAGGAGCUUGUUUUCUGAUUUGGGCACUCGCUGUUUCUGACAGAAAAUGAGCACCGCAACCUUCGGUUCGAUUUGUUUUGACACUGGGUGCUUUUGGAAGGACGGAUCAAAGAUUUCAAAGGAUAACAAGCCAAAAGAAGGGAAGAUGCUUGUAAAAUGUGCUGUGAAUACAAAAACGCAGAAGGCAAACAAGGAAGUUCGGAUUGGUGUUCUUGGAGCCAGUGGUUACACUGGUUCUGAGAUUGUUCGGUUGCUGGCAAACCAUCAGCACUUUGGUAUCACUCUGAUGACCGCUGAUAGAAAAGCUGGCCAAUCAAUUGGAUCAGUAUUCCCUCAUUUAGUCUCACAAGACUUACCAGAUAUGGUUUCUGUCAAGGAUGCCAACUUUUCUGAUGUGGAUGCUGUAUUUUGUUGUUUGCCACAUGGGACCACUCAGGAAAUCAUAAAAGCCCUUCCCAAGGGUUUGAAGAUUGUUGAUCUUUCUGCAGACUUCCGGCUGCGAGAUAUAUCUGAAUAUGAAGAAUGGUAUGGUCAGGCACACAGAGCACCAGAUUUGCAGAAAGAAGCUGUAUAUGGUUUGACAGAGCUUUUGAGAGAUGAAGUCAAAAGUGCACGUCUAGUUGCUAAUCCUGGUUGUUAUCCAACAUCCAUUCAGCUUCCUCUUGUUCCCUUGAUUAAGGCUAAUCUCAUUGAAUUUAGGAAUAUUAUUAUUGACGCAAAAUCUGGUGUGAGUGGAGCAGGACGUGGUGCCAAGGAGGCAAAUUUGUACACUGAAAUUUCUGAAGGCAUUUACUCUUAUGGAAUUACCAGGCAUCGUCAUGUUCCAGAAAUUGAACAGGGACUCUCUGAGGCUGCAAAUUCAAAAAUAACCAUCAGUUUCACUCCACACCUAAUGCCAAUGAACCGUGGUAUGCAAUCAACUAUAUAUGUGGAAAUGGCUCCUGGUGUAACAAUUGACGAUUUAUACCACCAAUUAAAGAUCUCUUAUCAGGAUGAAGAGUUUGUAGUUUUGUUAGAGAGAGGAGUAGUCCCUCACACUCAUAAUGUUCGAGGAUCCAAUUAUUGUUUAAUGAAUGUCUUUCCAGAUCGAAUUCCAGGAAGGGCAAUAAUUACUUCAGUUAUUGAUAAUCUUGUGAAGGGAGCUUCCGGUCAAGCUUUACAGAAUCUGAACGUGAUGAUGGGAUAUCCAGAAAAUACAGGGCUUCUAUACCAGCCCUUGUUUCCUUAAGCACUUACUAUUUCCAACUUCAGAAAUAGUUAAAACAUGAAAUUAUGUUGCAGAAUAUCUCUCAGCAAAAGUUGCAUUCUGUUUUGAAGAGUUUUGUAAUACAAAAGUUCCAUACUGUUAGAACCAUGUCUUUAUAUCAUAAAUAAUGUAUGGGCUGAUUUGCUGGCAUAAUAAUAUUGCAGCACUGUUGGGAAUCAGUUGUUAUUUAAACUGAUCUUCCAUGAGAGUUUACCAUCAAUCUCAAAUGAGCUGUAAGAAUCAGUUGUGGACAUUGACAAGCUGAGGGAAAUUAAGUUUACGAUUGUUUAUGU